ACAUACAAAUACUUGAUAGAGAGGUGUUUAAAGACGUAUGGGGUGAUUCCAGUAUGAACUUAACAUACAAAUAUUUGUAUUUGCUUCAUUUUUUAUAAAAUCCCCAAAAUUGACCCGAGGACAUGGAAGUGCCCGUAGUUGCAGAAUCACCCGAUUCUUGUGUAUUUUACUCCUCUUGUGUUACUGUUUUAUUUUUAAACUGCAUUGUUGAAGGGCUCGUAAGGGAGCAUUUCACGUUAGUCUACACCAGUUGUAUUCAAUGCAUGUGACAAAAUAAUACAAUUCUAUUUGACUAGAUGUAUCACACCGCGGCAUAACACCCAGCAGAUGGUGCUACGUCCUUAUCCUUGUGCUUCUCAGUUCUGCGCUUUUUCCAGAAAAUGCGGAAGUGAAAAAAUGUCAUUUGAUGCCAUUUCGGAGGACAGGAGUGGGCGAGAAUAAUUAAUCGUUUACAAUAUAAUAAAAUUAUGGGAAAUUAAAUAGUUUAGCGGAAUAUAUCGCUCAAUCAAAACAUAACGGCAGCCGAGUUGAGAUGGAGAGCCGUCGCACAGUAACACGAAGGUCGAGAAAUCAACGCAUCCGACUCAUCCAAUGACAUCGCCACACGCUCGUUUGCCAACCUGUAGCCUAGGUGUGGUGGGCUCGAGGGCGGUCAGUGUUUGGUAUCAACAAACGAACACUUUCACAUCAUCGCGCUCGGAUUCUUCCACGGAGGCAGAGGGACUGACGGUGGGACGGACAUAGUCGCCCCCAUGCCCCGCUUCCCGGGGAGGACUGCGGACGUGGCCGCUAACCUGACUUCCCCCGUGCUGGUUCGGCCACUGUGCGCUAACGGGACGCCCUGGAUCCUCUACCUGUUUGAGGAAUGCGUGGAGAAUGUGUGGGAAUACUGGAGCGUAGUCAUCGGGCUGAUUUCAAUGUUCUGUUUCUUGCUGUCUACUCUACCGCAAGUCUAUGAGGCUUAUCGUAAUGGUAAAGUGGAGGAGGCCAUGUCGUUUGGCUUUCUGCUCUUCCUCUUCAGUGGGAACCUCAGCAGUCUAAUAGGCUGCGUCCUGACCAGCCAGCUGCCCAUCCAGAUUGUGACGGUAGUGUUCUACAUCUUCACUGAUCUCCUGCUCAUCUCCCAGUUCCUCUACUACAAGAUAAAGAACAACUCAUCUAAAAAGCGCCCCAUGUUGAAGUGGUUGUGUUUCCUGUGGUGCGGGGCUUCCACUGUGGCCCUCAUGAUCCUCCCCAAGUUCAUCACUGACAACAACCCCUCUGCCAACACUCAGAGUGCCUCUAACAGCGUGGAGAUCGUUGGUUAUGCCUGUGGAUACCUGGCCUCCAUAUUCUACCUCUCCUCUCGUUUUCCACAGCUCUACAAAAAUCAUCUGGACUGGUGUCUCCUGCUGAGUGAUGUCACAGCAUCUGGACUGGGGUCUCUUGCUGAGUGAUGUCACAGCAUCUGGACUGGGGUCUCUUGCUGAGUGAUGUCACAGCAUCUGGACUGGGGUCUCUUGCUGAGUGAUGUCACAGCAUCUGGACUGGGGUCUCUUGCUGAGUGAUGUCACAGCAUCUGGACUGGGGUCUCUUGCUGAGUGAUGUCACAGCAUCUGGA